AUGCAUGGUAACUGUGGUCUUCUGCAGGGUGCUCUUAGGAAGACCAUUGCAGUCUUUGUUUAUAUCUUUGCAGAAAUGAGGGACUCUGUCUGGGAUUUUCUUGAGCAGUAUGACCUGCCUGUGGUUGUGGGAUCAACGGUUGGAAAGAGUGACCAAUCUUCUCAGAGGGCGUAUUCAGAUCCUUGCGAGAAGUGGGAAUUGGUUGUGGCAAGCCUUCAGCAUUUUCACAUGAUAGGCCUACACAUGACGGUCAGAUAUGAUUCUCUUCCUCGGAUUCAGCGAUCUUCAAUCAAAAUUAUGAACAUUCUAAGGUGUUCUCGCUUGGUUGGACUUGUUACAAUGCUGAUUAAAAUUAAUGCUGCGAAUUCCUUGAUUGAGGAUUAUGCGGACUGCCUUGACCUACGAAUGGAAGAGGGUGAAGCUGUAGAGAACAACAGUUGUGAUGAUCUUGAGGUUCUUAUCAUGCCGUUGUCUGAAGGCAUUCUUGAAACGCUGGAGAACCUUCCAAACCCUAAGUUAUACUUCUUACUCUUUGAGUUCGGCUUUCAGCAUCUCGAUACCAUUGGUGUUGCUUCGCUUCCAAAAAGAAGUGGCAGCCAGGCGCUCCGUAUUAGUUCCCUUCAUCAGAGGGCGUGGCUGUUAAAGCUCCUAGCUAUUGCAUUGCAUACUGGUUCUGGAAGCAGUUCAGCUCACAUAGAGGCAUGUCAGAGCAUACUUUCUCAUCUUUUCGGGUUGGAAGUUACUGAAGCAGGGAAUGAAUCUUUUUCUUUGAAUCUUUUUCUUCCACUUCCUCAAAUUGUGUCUAGCUUGAAGUAUGACACACUGGUAAGGCUUGAGAAUGUCUGCAUUGAGUUUACUGGUUUGAAUAUGACUUUUAAUUUCAGAUGGAGGACAUCCUUGGGAACCGCCUCUGUUAGCGGCUGUAUCUACUAUUACUCUGAGCGUGGUGAUCGCAUGGUUGAUCUAUAUUCCUUCAUCAACAAACUCUGGCAGCUUAAUGAGGUUAAAGAGACAAUUCAACAGCUGUUGAAAUGGGGGAGGAAGUAUAACCGAAGCCUUGAGGAGCAAGCUCUGCUCAGCUUCAUAUGUUAG